AUGCACGUAUUGCUUCAGGCAAUUGAGCUGCUGCUACUCGCGGUGGUGGUUGGAUCGAACGCUCGGCGUGAUGAAAUAUUAAACGAAGAUCUUUUCGGUGGUCAACGUACACGCGGUAAUUUUAAUAUAAAUUCAAAUUCUAAUAUUAAUUACAAUAGUCAGCAGCAGCAUAAUUCUCCAUUUUUGCCGAAUUAUCAACGGGAAAGAAAACCUAAUAUUGUAUUGAUACUCACUGAUGAUCAAGAUGUUGAACUCGGGUCGCUUAAUUUUAUGCCGAAUACCUUAAGAAGAAUUCGAGAUGAAGGCGCAGAGUUACGGCAUGCAUAUGUUACAACACCCAUGUGUUGUCCAAGUAGAAGUUCUCUUUUAACUGGCCGUUAUGUUCAUAAUCAUCAAGUCUUUACUAAUAAUGACAAUUGCAGCAGCCCACAGUGGCAGCGAGAUCACGAACCACAUACUUUUGCUACCUACUUGAGCAACGCGGGAUACCGUACAGGCUACUUUGGUAAAUAUCUGAACAAGUAUAAUGGCUCGUAUAUUCCCCCGGGUUGGCGUGAAUGGGGUGGCCUUAUAAUGAACUCACGGUACUACAACUACAGCGUCAAUAUGAACGGAAAGAAGAUAAAGCACGGUUUUGAGUACAGCAAGGACUAUUAUCCGGAUUUGAUAGCAAAUGACAGCGUCGCAUUUUUACGUCAGAGCAAGCACAAUUUUGCACGGAAGCCCGUUAUGCUUGUGGCAAGCUUUCCAGCACCUCAUGGACCCGAAGAUUCAGCGCCUCAAUUUUCCCAACUCUUCUUCAAUGUCACUACCCAUCACACUCCAGCUUAUGAUUAUGCUCCAAAUCUGGACAAGCAGUGGAUUUUGCAGGUAACCCAGAAGAUGCGGCCGAUUCAUAAACAAUUCACAGAUUUACUGAUGACUAAGAGGCUGCAAACACUUCAGAGUGUCGACGCCGCUGUUGAGAGGAUUUACCAAGAGCUCAAGGAUCUCGGAGAACUCGACAACACGUAUAUUAUUUAUACAUCCGACCAUGGCUAUCAUUUGGGUCAGUUCGGGCUCAUUAAAGGAAAAAGUUUUCCGUUUGAGUUUGAUGUACGUGUGCCGUGUCUUAUUCGUGGUCCUGGAAUUGCACCUGGAUCUGUAGUCGACGAAAUAGUUUUGAAUAUCGAUAUGGCGCCAACUUUUUUGGACAUCGCUGGAGUGGAUACGCCGCCUCAAAUGGACGGGAGAUCUUUUAAAAAGCUUUUCCUGACUAAUAAACACGGCAGGCGAGCUAAAUUCAAAUGGCCAGAUACAUUUUUGAUUGAAUCAUCAGGCCGUCGGGAGACUCCCGAGUCGAUUGCCGAAGCGAAAGCCCGUGAAGCAAGACGGCAGAAUGCAACAUUAGUGAAACAAUUAUUGGAUCCAACUCCAGAUGAGCUGGCCAUCGAUACCGACACUGAAUUUGAAGGGGAUCGUCUAUUGGAUAACGACACAGGAAGUGAUCAAGAUAUUUCCGAUGAUGACGAUUUAGAGGAUUCAAUUACCGAUGAAUCUAAUGGUGAUGUUCAUUUAGAUAAUGGAGUAAAUCCUUCAUUGAAUUUAAAUUCAAAGCACGAGCGUCUUACAUACGAAUGUUCAAGACCUGAGGCACAAACUAAUUGUCUUCCUGGUCAAAAGUGGCGUUGCGAGAAGGAAGGGCAUCGUUGGCGACGUCACAAAUGCAAGUAUACGACAACAGCAUCAUCAAUUACCAGUGGGACAGCGCACAAAUCUUCUAAAAAGUGUGCUUGUUUCACACCCAAUGGUGUUGUGUACACCAGACUCGAGUCUAAUGACUUUCCACGAGAUAAUCGUGGUGGACUUUAUGAUGACGGUGAGGGAUUUUUAAGCGGCGGACGUGGUAAGAGAAGUAUCGUCGACCGGGAGAAAAUUAAACACGAUGUUAAGCUUGAAUUUAAAUCUACACAGUCUGGUUAUUAUGGUGAGGAUGAUUUACGAGACCGACGAGCUAUUGAUGAGGAAGACGAUGAAAAGUUUAUAGAAGAGCUAGAGAUUCUCAGAGAAGAACUUUUGCACGAGAGAAAUAAACGUGAUGUAAAUGAAAAUACUAUUAAUUUUAUGGGCGACAGGUUGAUUGGCUAUUCUAAAUAUCUGGUUAACAAUAGCGUUAAAGAAGAUGAUUAUGAUGAUGAUAAUAAAGAUGAGACAGAUUACAGUGUCAAUGAUUUUGAUUUUACGAGCUUAAAUAAAAUUGUGAAGAAAUUUAUCAAUGUCGAUGAUAUUUUAAAAAGACACCGCAGAGUAAGAAGAAGUGUUACGAAGAAAGACACUAUCGAGCAUGUGACAAAAAUUAUGGAGAGCAUUGAAGAGGAGCUGGAUGAUUUGAAAGAGAGUCAAGUACGGCAGUCAAAUGGGACAGAAGUAAUCUCACCAAAGUGUUUGGUUCUACCAAAGGGCGGUGUUAAUUGUACGACGUCUGUUUAUCAAGAUCCGAAUGAAUGGAAACAGUCGCGACGGGCUAUUGAAAAACAGAUAAAGGAAAUGAGAAUUCAGUUGGAGAGUCUUAAAGAAAUACGACGGCAUUUAAUGGAUAAGCGCCCGCAUUUUAUACCAGAAGACGAUGAUUAUUCUGAAGUGGAUGAUUUACACCCACACGAGCAUCAUUAUCAUAAUAACAGCAAUAAUCACCAUCAUAAUAGCCAUCAUCAUCAUCAUCACCAUAAUAAGAACCAUACUCGUCAUCACAAAAAACAUGACAAACUACCGGUGUCAACAACGGGCUCAUCAACACAAGUUUAUUAUUCCAGUACAACUAGUUUUAGUUCAACAUCUUCUGGCUCUACAAGUGAGGAGAUUACUGAGACCCCAGCACCCGAGGGACUCGAUCGAUCGUAUGAUUCAGCGACUCAAGGGAAAAUUACCACGAGCGAGUUACCGAGAACAACUACAGUCCCGACAACUAUCAAGGCUAAGAAAAGUUCCCGAAGGCAGAAGAUAAAUAAAGAUAAUGUUGACGUACGUACGGAUGAAGAAGAUAAACCGCGACGUAGAAAAAUUCAUCAUCAUAAGUUAAAUAAAUUUAAUAAUAGUAUUAAUAAUAAUACUCUCUUGACAAAUAGUGUUAAUGAUAAUAAUUUAAAUGUUAAUUCAAAUGUCUCGUCUGACAAUUGGCCAAUUCGUGAGGAAAAAGAAUCAACUGUCGAUGUGAUUAAAAAUAAUGUUAAGGAUUAUUCAACUACUGCAAGACAAUCAGUUUCUACCACUCCAAUGUCUACCAGAGCUUCUACUACUGCCAGUCCGACGACAACAACCACAACCACAACACCGGCUACGACUACAACAAUAACAACUAAAAAACCCUUGAAAAUUAUUAAAAAUCGCACUGGUUUAGGUCCAGCGAGAAUUGACGUUACUAUUCUAGAGCCACCUGAUCGCAAGCAUAAACAACCUGGUAGUAUGUCUAACAAUGGACCUCCUCCGCCGUUAAUUAAUAAUCCCCUGGAAUCACGUUACAAAUGCUACUGCGAGCCGGACAAUCAGCCAAAGAAAGACGAAAAGGAGAUUGCCAAAGAGGAGAGAAGAAGACUGAAGGAGGAACGGCUACGUAAAAAAGAACGUAAAUUAAAGAAAAAAGCUAAACUUGAAAAGGAAUGUCUUACUGAAAAAAUGAAUUGUUUUGAGCAUGAUAAUGACCAUUGGCGUACAGCACCACUUUGGAACGCUGGACCGUUCUGUUUUUGUAUGAAUGCCAAUAAUAAUACAUACUCAUGUGUCCGUACUAUUAAUGUUACGCAUAAUUUUCUUUAUUGCGAAUUUACCACGGGUUUUGCGACCUUUUAUAAUUUGAGAAUUGAUCCCUUUGAACAAUGGAAUAGAUUGGGUUCUUUGACGCCUGCCGAACGGUCUUACUUACAUGAUCAGUUAGAGCAUUUGAAGGGCUGCAAAGGGACUCGUGAUUGCACUGUUGGAAAUGCUAAAGAAGCUAUUGCUACUAAUACCGUACAGCAACAACGGUUUUUGACUAAGCGAAAGUACAGCAAUUCUUUUGAAGACAUGUUUAUACCAUCAGCGCUGCAAAUUAUUCGUGAAAGUGAACUUGGAAGUAAUAAGAGACGUAAAAAAGUUUCAAAUUCCUGGAAUCGACGAAGCAGAAGUUGGCAAAGUAACUGGAAGCAUGCAGCUGAUAAAGUGUCCCGACGACAUCGACAUCCGUCUUAA